AUGCAGUCUUCCUGUCUUUAUAUGUUUAUACAAAGUGCUAGACUUGAGCACCGGCUCCUAUACAUUUGUUUCUACCUACCUACGUUAGGCGGGCAAUGUUUUACACUCAGAGUUGGGAAUAAAAGGGUUAGAGCCAGCAACAUCGAUCGGUGUACUUUUAGGCUGCAGGUUUGCUUCGGACAUCAAGUAUUCAAUCGCUCUUUGGAAGGCUUGUUUCAUGCCCUGCAUGACGACACGCCGGUGUUUUUCCAUCUGAACAUAGAAUGA